GUUUCAUGAAAGAAAAGCACAUCACACUUUUGCAUUACACAUUCGACCUUUAUAUGGAAAGGGUUGAAAUUACGUAUUAUGACCAGGAAUACGUUAAGAAUGCGUCGACGACAGUGAGAAGGUACUCCAGGAAAAGUAACCCAGUUCUAAAUAUAUAUGGUUACAUUGAAAAGGCGUGGGAUAAGAAUGUAUCGAUUGCAAUGGUAAUCGAGGAAUACCUUCACAAUGAAUAUAGACCAUCAUUUGUCAGGUUUCAGUUUAAGCUUUGUGAUUUAUUCGACUCUCCAUUAUUAGAUUUAAAGAAAAACUAUGGCUUGGAAUGUCCAUUACGACCCAAAUUCUACAGCCUUACAAACAUAAGCAUAAGCACGAAUACUUUGCCAAAUAUCUUCCCGAUGGAACAGGGCAGAGUUUACGUCUUAUUUUUUAUCACGGAAACCAAGCAUCCUAUUGUAAAAAGCUACUUAUAUACUAAAUUUGUAAAUAAAUUGUAAUAAACGUCUUCAUUGCUUUUC